CAUUUGUCUCCUCGCGCUUCCCGUAGCAGGUCAGCUCCUCGCCAACAUGGCUGCCAUCAGGAGCGGGGUGACACCGAGGUGGUUAGCACGAAGUUUCCUAAGACAGACGGGAAAACCGAGCCGAGGCAGUCACCAGCUUUCAGACAUUUGGAACCAGCGUUUGCUUCAGAGAUCCCAACUUCACACAGUGUUUGAGAGCCACACUCCUGCCACCAGGACUCUGCUGGGCCGCAGACAUCAUGGGAAGUUCAUUUGGGUGAAUGCUAUGGCAGCCAGACAUAACAGCUCACAGAUCCUUCCUGAGGAUGGUUCCAUAGCUUCGGUGGUGAAAUCAUCAUCUGCGUCUCUGGCUGCUGAUCCAACCCCUAUCAUCACACAACCAAUCACUGAUCAGAUCUCCGUUGAAACCAUUUCAGCUGCAGCAUCAGUUCUAAACAGUUCUGCUCCUCCUCCGCUUUUGGAUUCCUCCCCAGAGCUCUUGUCUGCUGACCCUGCUACAGUUAUAACACAGCCAAUCAUUGAGCAGGUGGCUGAUGUUGCACCUACCGCAGUAGAGGUUCUUCAGGCUGUGACUGCAGAACCCAGUCUAGCAGAGCUCGGACUUGCUGGUUACACACCAGUAGGACUGAUCCAAAACUUGUUAGAGUUCAUGCACAUCGAUCUUGGUUUGCCCUGGUGGGGGGCCAUCGUUGCAGGAACGGUGAUUGCUCGUUUAGCUGUGUUUCCAGUCAUUGUGAAGGGUCAGAGGGAGGCAGCCAAGCUGAACAACGUGCUGCCUGCCAUGACCAAACUUACCAACAAGAUGAAUGAGGCCAAACAGAGCGGAAACAAAUUUGAGUUUGCUCAAGCCUACUCUGAGCUGAACCUGUUCCAGAAGAAGCAUGAUGUGAAUCCUCUCAGAGGCUUCCUAGUACCUUUGGUACAGGCACCAGUUUUCAUCUCCUUCUUCAUCGCCCUGAGGAAGAUGGCCUACCUGCCGGUGCCCAGCAUGCAGACAGGAGGCACGCUCUGGUUUCUAGACCUAACGGCAUCAGAUCCCUUUUAUAUUUUACCUCUGGCCGUCACUGGAACCAUGUUCUGCAUUCUGGAGUUGGGAGCCGAGUCGGGUGUUGACAACCCAAAUCUGCGGGCAAUGAAGACUGUGUUUCGAAUCAUGCCCCUAGUCAUCCUCCCACUAACCAUCAACUUCCCCACGGCAGUGUUUACCUACUGGAUGACCUCCAACUGCUUCUCUCUGGGUCAAGUCGCUCUGCUCAGACAUCCUCUGGUCAGAAAAAAACUAGGAAUCCCAGACAGGAUCAAUCAUCCGAGCUCUGCCCUGCCCCAAAAUGAGGGCUUCAUCGCAAGCAUGAAGAAGGGAUGGAAAAAUGCUCAACUGGCUAGUCAGCUGGAAGAAAGAGAGCGAAGGAUCAAAGGUCACCUGGACCUUGCAGCUAAAGGUCCACUGAGGCAAACCUUUACCCACAACCCCUUACAUCAGACGCCUCCUGUGGGUGCAGCACAAGGUAAAGACAAGACAGCCGGUGGGAAAUUGAGGCCCUGGAAGGACACAAUUGUAUAGACGGCUUCAUCCUAAAAUGAGCUGUGUAUAUAUUUAUGGAGCAGAUUCUCUGGGUCUGAGAGUUGUGGUAAUGUUUUAUUCUAAUUAAAAUUUAAACUUUGCCUCACAACUAUCA